ACCGAGGCGGGGGAGGGAGCUGGCGAUAGGCCCCGGCGGCACUCCUGGGCAGUGGGCAGCCCUCGCGCGGAGGAAGUAAUUGCCCCCAGAACUGACCUCUGAUUUCUUGACAAAGAGGUGAAUGCCGUAACUGCCAGGCUAUUGGCGAUGGGGUCACUGUUAGCCGGAAUUCCAUCCUGGAUCUGAGAAACCUUCCCAAGAAAGGAUUUGUCAUUACUCCUCCUUUAACUGGAAAAGUUUGAAGUUUUGACAUAUCAGCACUUUUGGAUGAAAGCUGUCUUGUCCGAAAAUUCCUGACCAGCUCUAAUAAUUGUGGAAUGGGUAAAAAAGUAAAGAAGGAAGUGGAGCCACCUCCCAAGGAUGUGUUUGAUCCUUUAUCGAUUGAAAGCAAAAAAGCAGCAACAGUGGUGCUAAUGCUUAAUUCUCCAGAAGAGGAAGUUUUGGCUAAAGCAUGUGAUGCUAUAUAUAAAUUUGCAUCAAAAGGUGAUGAAAACAAAGUGACCCUCCUUAGUCUUGGAGCUGUGGAGCCUUUAUUUAAACUAGUCUCACAUGAAGACCCACUUGUGCGCAGAAAUGCCAUCAUGGUAUUUGGGAUCAUGGCUUCUAAUAAUGACGUCAGAAAAUUAUUAAGAGAGCUAGAUGUCACAAAUUCAGUCAUAGCUCGGCUGGCGCCAGAAGAAGAUAUAGUUGUCCAUGAGUUUGCCAGUCUUUGCCUAGCACAUAUGGCAGUUGAAUAUACCAGUAAAGUGCAAAUAUUUGAGCAAGGUGGACUAGAACCACUUAUCAGAUUGCUAAGUAGCCCUGAUCCUGAUGUUAAGAAGAACUCUGUCGAAUGCAUCUAUCACCUCGUACAGGAUUUUCAAAGCCGUGCUGCAGUUCGUGAACUAAACGCAAUUCCUGCCUUGCUGGAACUGCUGAAAUCUGAAUAUCCAGUUGUUCAAUUGUUAGCUCUCAAAACCUUUGGUGUAAUUAGCAAUGACAGAGAAACCAGGAUAAUACUGAGAGAAAACCAAGGAUUAGAUCAUCUUUUUAAGAUACUGGAAACUAAGGAAUUUAAUGAUCUUCACGUGGAAGCUCUUGCCGUGGUGGCAAAUUGUCUUGAGGAUGUGGAUACUAUGCAACUACUUCAGCAGACAGGAGGUCUUAAAAAGCUGCUUUCAUUUGCAGAAAUGUCUACCAUUCCUGAUAUUCAGAAGAAUGCAGCAAAGGCAAUUACUAAAGCAGCUUAUGAUCCUGAAAAUAGAAAAAUUUUGCAUGAAGAAGAGAUUGAAAAGUGCCUCAUAACACUUUUGGGAACUGACAGUGAUGGUACUAAAGCUGCUGCUUCUCAAGCUAUUUCUGCUAUGUGUGAGAAUUUAGCUAGCAAAGAUGCUUUUAGAAUCCAAGGGAUUCCCCAGCUAGUUCAGUUGCUAAGCAGUGAGAAUGAAGAGGUAAAAGAAGCUGCUGCCAUAGCUCUGGCUAAUCUCACAACAGCCAGUCCUAACAAUGCAAGUGCUGUUGCUGAAGCUGAAGGAAUCGAGCCAUUAAUAAAUGUCCUGAGUGCUAAGAGAGAUGGGACUGUUGCUAAUGCAGCUACAGUACUAACAAAUAUGGCCACGCAGGAGCCAUUACGUCUCAGCAUCCAUGGUGUUAUGAAUGCAAUUGUAGAACCACUGCAAUCUACCAACAGCCUGGUACAAAGCAAAGCAGCACUCACUGUGGCUGCAUUUGGUUGUGAUGCUGAUGCAAGAACUGAGUUAAGAAAUGCAAGUGGACUUGAACCACUUGUUAAAUUGCUACAUUCUAAGAAUGAUGAAGUCAGAAGAAAUGCCUGUUGGGCAGUUAUGGUUUGUGCAAGCGAUGAACUAACAGCGGUUGAACUUUGCAGGUUAGGUGCUUUAGACAUCCUGGAAGAAAUUAACUUGUCAACAGGGCGCAAAAAUAACUUCAGUGAAGGAGCUCUGGACAAGCUACUUGAUAACAACCUUUCCCAAAAAUACAGCCAAAUGGGGUACUUAUCAUCCAGUAAUAUAAUUACUGAUGGGUUCUAUGAUUAUGGUCAGGUAAAGCCUGGAGUGAAACUUUUGUCUUUGGAGGAACUGAGUAUACAAGAGCUUAAUGAUCAUCGUGCUAUAAUUUUAGUUAAUGCUAAACUACCAGAAGUUUCCCUUAGUGCAGAGGACAAAUCACAAGAUCUAUAUUAUGGACGAACCACAUCAUCUUCUUCUAUUAGAAAAAGUAGUAAAGAAAGAGCAAGUAGUGCAAUGGUAUCUCCUGUUGAGGAAAAACAAGAAUCUUCUGGACGAUCUCCCUCUUCGCUCAGCAAAAGCAGCACUAGAGAGAAAGGCUCAAGAAAAGGGAAAGGAAAAAAAGAAGAAGAUAAACCAAAAGAAGAAGAAGAGUUGCAAACAAUGCCUAAAGUCCAGCAGGAAGUAAUUCUUGAAAAAUUACUGUGGCUGCCACCAUUUGACUCCAUUUUACUGGAUUACAUUAUUGAUGCUUCCAAAAUAAUCCUACCAUUAACUACUACGAAAGAACAAGUUGUAGCACUUGCGCUGUUUGUUGCAGAUAAGAUGGGUGGCCCAAUUGAAAGAGACAAAUUACAUGAAUUCAGCUGGGAACUUCAUAUAAGUGAAAUUGAAUUUGAACUGAAAUGCAAUGUCAUACCUAUUGGGAAAAUCAAGAAAGGAACUUUCUACCACAGGGCUUUGCUUUUCAAGGUUAUAGCAGACAGAAUUGGCAUUGGCUGUAGUUUAGUUCGUGGAGAAUACGGCAGAGCUUGGAAUGAAGUUAAAUUAGUUGACGAUUCUCCUCAAGGAAUAACUGGGCUUCUACUUCCUCCUCAAACGUAUAUUGUAGAUCUAAUGUACCAGCCAGGCUGCUUAAUGAAGCAAGGAAGUGCUGAGGCAGAACACUACCUACGUAUUUAAUCCUAGUGUCAGAUUUCUUCAAAAAGAAAGUAUUUUUAAAGAGAUGUCAUUAAUACAUUUGUAUGAUACAUAAAGAUUUGUGGGCCCAACUUUCAAACUUUGAUGCUGAAAUUAAAGCACCUAUUCCCGCAUUAAGUAGUCUAAAGAAGCAUUUCAGUUCCUAAAUACCCAUUUUAGGUGUUUACUCUAAAUCCUUGUUUGUGAUCCAGAAUGUGAAUUUAGGCAUCUCAUUUUAGGUAUCUGAGUUUGACAUGUUAGACAUUUUAUUCAUUUUAUUUGAUGCUGUAUUAUAGAAUAAAAUGUGGCGAUCCAGACUGUCAAUAUUGAUGGGCAUAAUACUUGACUGUGCAUUAUCAUUUUCUUUCAGUAAAUGUGUUUAGAGUAUUUAAGAACUAAAGGGUCGGUUCUCUUUUCCUUUGGCUUUCUCAUCUUCCAUUGAUGUUAAUGGGAGUACACGAGGUGAGGAGAAUACAAAGCUAAUGAAAUAAUUAGACAUGGUUAAACGAAUUUAUAAUAUCUCUUUUGUUAAAAUAAGCAGAGUAUUAAGAAUUGUCUUAGGCUUUGUCUACACCAGCAGUUUUGUCGGCAAAACUUUUGUCGGUCAGGAUGUGAAAAAAAACACCCCUGACCGACAUAAGUUUCACUGACAAAAGCUAUGUCAGUGGGAGAGCAUCUCCCUCGCCCUAUGCCCCAACUCUAAAGAUAUGUGUUGUGAUUUCAUGGUGGGCUGUUUGGUAAUAUUUUCUCUUCUUUGGUUGUAAAGAGAAACAAAAUUCUAGUCAUUUGAAGUAAAAAAUGAAAAAUACUUUUCUAAACACAUAGUAAACACUUGACAAGUAGACACUCAGCAAAACAAAUUAUGGAUAACAGACAACUUUGUACAAAUUAUGGAUAACAGACAACUUUGUACUUUGACAAGAUUUCUGUCAAAAAUGUCAUUUGUGUGCAGUUUUGGAGGCAGAUUUUCUGUCGUGUUUAGUUUUAUAUGAACUGAAUUCUGUUGCUUGAAAACUAAAUCACCAGGAAGAAAUGCCCUUGGCUAGCAAAAAUUGACAGCAAACCACGUGCAAGUUCAAAGGUGACUCAAUAUCAACAGGGUACGUGAAGUUCCAUAGAAACAUUCAAGGUGAACUUUACUUUGAGCUUUUCCUUUACAGCAUUUAACUAAAUAUAACUCUCUGGGUAUUUGAAAAAAUAAAUCAUUGCUUUCUCUUGACUAUGCAGGUAUUCUUCCAGCUAGGUCGUCAAACCCAGUCUGUCAUGGACUGCCUUGGCUGCCUGGAAUCCAUGCAAUUCACAAAUGCAGGUUGAGUGAUAUAGCCUUUAUACCUAGGCUCCGUAGAUGGUAUAUGGAAUAGAAAUGAGAUAUGAAUGGAAAAAAUAAUCUGAAAUUCAGAAGAUGGAGAGUAGUCCACAGUACUUAUUAUCUUGAGGGUGUCAGAGACACAAAAGCUACAGGACUCCUCCUUGAGCUUGUGCAGAGUGAAGAAGAGGCCAUGGCUAAGGCUAUGAUUUUUUCACUGAAGUCACGGAAUACGUGACUUUCAGCAACCUCUGUGAAUUCAGCACUGUUCUGUGGAAGCUGCAGUGUCCCCGUCGCCAUGUGUGCUGGGGGCCUCCUGGAGUUUCCAGCCACUGUGUGCAGCGGGAGCACAGCUCCUGGCUGCCACAGGCAGCAGGGGCCCCCCGCAGCUCCCAGUGGGCAUGGGCAGAGGGGGACCCCUGGAUCUCCAAGCAGCCGCAGGUGGCAGGGGCCCCCUGCAGCUCCGGGCCAUGGCAGACGUUGGGGGCCCCCUGCAGCUCCUGGCUGCCACAGGAGGCAGGAGACCUGAGAGCUCCAAGCUGCCACAGGCGGCAGGGGUAUCCCGAAGCUCCGAGCGGGGGGACCCUGGAGCUCCAAGCCCCCACAGGUGAUCGGGUGCCCCCAGAGCUUGGAGCAGCCCCCGCAGCUGUCCAACCUCUGCAGGCGGUGUGGGCUCACCCUGCAGCUGGGCUCCCCAUUUUGUCACAGAUAUUUUUUGUGAAAGUCAGGGACAGGUCACGGGCUUCUGUGAAUUUUUCUUUAUUGCUCGUGACCUGUCCCUGACUUUUACUAAAAGUAUCCAUGACAAAAUCAUAACCUUAGCCAUGGCUAAUGCCUGUACCACUAUUGAAAUAGAAGACAAAGCUUUUGCUAGAGCCAUGUCCUCCUGUGACACCAAUCAAACAUUUGGAAGUCAACAAAUAUCCUGGCCAAUCAAAAAGUUGGUACAUUUAAUAGGAGAUAUUAACCUCCUCUCCUAAGUUAAAGGGCCUAUUUUGGCCUCUUGAAAAAUUUCUUUUGAGAAGGAUGAUUUUAACACCUCAAGUAAUUAACAAAAAUCUAUCUCCAGCCCUGAUUUUCAUCAGAAUAAACAUUUUACUUUGUAGCAAAGUGGAAAUAAAUUGAGAGGGGACCAUGAGAAAAAAGUGUCAUUCUGGGACAUAACACAAAGUCACACACAGAAACCUAUUAAUUUUUACUGCAAGGAAUUUUGUUUUAGAUUUAGACAUGAGAAAUAUAUGUUCAAUAUGGAAUACAGCUGCAUAUGGUGAGAAAUUAGACGAAACUGAUAGGAGCUGGGAUGUAAUUCCACAACUCUAACUGAUUUGAGUAGAGUAGUACACUGAAGUCAAUGGAGCUGCACAUGUGAGUAUGGGUUGCAGUGAUGCUGUUUGUCUAUAAAUUGUGAAGUGCUGCUCCAUGCUUACAAGUUCUCAUGCUGGUGGAAAGGCCCAUUAAAGUCAAUGGUGUUCUCUGUGGGUAGUUUCAGGUGUGGGAUUGUGGCUCAGAGCCAACUCUGGGUUAGUUAACAUUGUAAUAAUGCAUUGGCCUGGGAAAUGCAGUCUUGGUAGCUGCUCAUCACUGGAUGAUGAACAUUUGCACUUUGGGUAGGCUUGCUUUUGGUGGUGAAUCUGAUGCCUUUUGAAAGGUGAUAUGGCAAUUGAAUCCUCUGUUUUUUCCCUAGAGCAGGUGCAGAGAAUGUACAAUUUACUCCCAGCAGCAGUGCAAACAGGCCCACAUGGGCCCACCAAUAUCUUUCACCCAGAUCUGGAGAAACACUCAGGAUAACUGAAGUGUGUUUUAUCUUUGCAUGACCAGGGAACAGGUGCUAUACAAAUGAAAGAGUUAACACUUUUCAAGUAGUCUCUAAUUACACCAGUAAUGAUACACUAGGGCAAUGACUGAAGUGUGACAAUAUGUCACUCUCCCAAGUUGUAUAUUCACUUGCAUCUCUUUAUAUUGCUGGUUAUCGAUACACCUAGAGAAAUCCCAGGCUUAAGAUAUUCCAGUUAAUUUUAUGUUCUUUUCCUUUUAUUGCUGUAGUCCAGUGGUUCUUAACCUUUACUGCAGCCUGCACCCCUUUGGUUCUCAAAAUAUGUCCUCGCACCCCGUAAACCUAAAAAAUAUGUACUCACACCUCUUAAACCUAGAUAUAUUUUUGUUUGUAUAUUAC